CGGCCCGAGUGCGAGGCGGAGGCGAGGAGGCCGCGGGGACGCGAGGCGAGGCCGGCCGGGGCCCCCGCAGCCAUGGAGAACGCUCACACAAAGACGGUGGAGGAGGUGCUGGGCCACUUUGGCGUCAACGAGAGCACGGGGCUGAGCCUGGAGCAGGUCAAGAAGCUCAAGGAGAGAUGGGGUUCCAACGAAUUACCGGCUGAAGAAGGAAAAACCUUGCUGGAACUUGUGAUUGAGCAGUUUGAAGACUUACUAGUUAGGAUUUUAUUGUUGGCAGCAUGUAUAUCUUUCGUUUUGGCUUGGUUUGAAGAAGGUGAAGAGACAAUUACAGCCUUUGUAGAACCUUUUGUAAUUCUACUUAUAUUAGUAGCCAAUGCAAUUGUGGGUGUAUGGCAGGAAAGAAAUGCUGAAAAUGCGAUAGAGGCCCUUAAGGAGUAUGAGCCUGAAAUGGGGAAAGUGUAUCGACAGGACAGAAAGAGUGUGCAGCGAAUUAAAGCUAAAGACAUAGUUCCCGGGGAUAUUGUGGAAAUUGCUGUUGGUGACAAAGUUCCUGCUGAUAUAAGAUUAACUUCUAUCAAGUCUACAACUCUAAGAGUUGACCAGUCAAUUCUCACCGGUGAAUCUGUUUCUGUCAUCAAGCACACUGACCCUGUCCCUGACCCACGAGCUGUCAAUCAAGAUAAAAAGAACAUGCUCUUUUCUGGUACAAACAUUGCUGCUGGGAAAGCUAUGGGAGUGGUGGUGGCAACCGGAGUCAAUACUGAAAUUGGCAAGAUCCGAGAUGAAAUGGUUGCAACAGAACAGGAGAGAACACCCCUACAGCAGAAGCUAGAUGAGUUUGGGGAGCAACUUUCCAAAGUUAUCUCCCUCAUUUGCAUUGCAGUCUGGAUCAUAAACAUUGGACAUUUCAAUGACCCAGUUCAUGGGGGCUCAUGGAUCAGAGGUGCUAUCUACUACUUUAAGAUUGCAGUGGCCCUGGCUGUCGCUGCCAUCCCAGAGGGUCUGCCUGCUGUCAUCACCACCUGCUUGGCUCUUGGAACUCGUAGGAUGGCAAAGAAAAAUGCUAUUGUUCGAAGUUUGCCUUCUGUGGAAACCCUUGGUUGCACUUCUGUUAUCUGCUCAGACAAGACAGGCACACUCACCACAAACCAGAUGUCAGUCUGCAGGAUGUUCAUUCUGGACAAAGUCGAAGGUGAUACUUGUUCCCUUAAUGAGUUUACUAUAACUGGAUCAACAUACGCCCCCAUUGGAGAAGUGCAUAAAGAUGAUAAGCCAGUGAAAUGCCAUCAGUAUGAUGGGCUUGUAGAGUUAGCAACGAUCUGUGCUCUGUGUAAUGACUCUGCUUUGGAUUAUAAUGAGGCAAAGGGUGUAUAUGAAAAAGUUGGAGAAGCCACAGAGACUGCUCUCACUUGCCUGGUAGAGAAAAUGAACGUAUUUGAUACUGAACUGAAGGGACUGUCUAAAAUAGAGCGUGCAAAUGCCUGCAACUCGGUCAUAAAACAACUGAUGAAGAAGGAAUUUACUCUAGAGUUUUCACGUGAUAGAAAAUCUAUGUCUGUCUACUGUACACCAAACAAACCAAGCCGGACAUCAAUGAGCAAGAUGUUUGUGAAGGGUGCUCCCGAAGGUGUCAUCGACAGGUGUACCCACAUCCGAGUUGGAAGUACCAAGGUCCCCAUGACUCCUGGUGUCAAACAGAAGAUUAUGUCUGUCAUUCGGGAGUGGGGCAGUGGCAGUGACACGUUGCGGUGCCUGGCUCUGGCCACUCAUGACAACCCACUGAGGAGAGAGGAAAUGCACCUGGAAGACUCGGCCAACUUCAUCAAGUAUGAGACCAAUCUGACUUUUGUUGGCUGUGUGGGCAUGCUGGACCCUCCCAGGAUUGAAGUGGCCUCUUCUGUGAAGCUAUGCCGGCAAGCAGGCAUCCGUGUCAUCAUGAUCACCGGGGACAACAAGGGCACUGCUGUGGCCAUCUGUCGCCGCAUUGGUAUUUUUGGGCAGGAUGAGGAUGUGACAUCAAAGGCUUUUACAGGGCGGGAGUUUGAUGAGCUCAGCCCCUCAGCCCAGAGAGAUGCCUGCUUGAAUGCCCGAUGUUUUGCUCGAGUUGAACCUUCCCACAAGUCUAAGAUCGUUGAGUUCCUUCAGUCCUUUGAUGAGAUCACAGCUAUGACUGGUGAUGGUGUGAAUGAUGCCCCUGCUCUGAAGAAAUCUGAAAUUGGCAUUGCCAUGGGUUCAGGUACUGCAGUGGCCAAGACUGCCUCUGAGAUGGUCCUGGCAGAUGACAACUUUUCCACCAUCGUGGCUGCUGUUGAGGAGGGUCGAGCCAUCUACAACAACAUGAAGCAGUUCAUCCGAUACCUCAUCUCAUCCAACGUCGGGGAAGUGGUCUGUAUUUUCCUGACGGCGGCCCUUGGUUUUCCUGAGGCUUUGAUUCCUGUCCAGCUCCUCUGGGUCAAUCUGGUGACAGAUGGUCUGCCUGCCACUGCACUGGGGUUCAAUCCUCCAGACCUGGACAUCAUGAACAAACCACCCCGGAACCCAAAAGAACCCUUGAUCAGCGGGUGGCUCUUUUUCCGUUACCUGGCUAUUGGCUGUUACGUUGGCGCUGCCACUGUGGGUGCUGCUGCGUGGUGGUUCAUCGCUGCUGAUGGUGGUCCGAGAGUGUCCUUCUACCAGCUGAGUCAUUUCCUACAGUGUAAAGAGGACAACCCAGACUUCGAUGGAGUGGACUGUGCAAUCUUUGAGUCCCCAUACCCAAUGACAAUGGCACUUUCUGUUCUCGUAACCAUAGAGAUGUGUAAUGCCCUCAACAGCUUGUCUGAAAACCAGUCCUUGCUGAGGAUGCCCCCCUGGGAGAAUAUCUGGCUGGUGGGCUCCAUCUGCCUGUCCAUGUCACUUCACUUCCUGAUCCUCUACGUGGAACCUUUGCCACUCAUCUUCCAGAUCACACCUUUGAAUCUGACCCAGUGGCUGAUGGUGCUGAAAAUCUCCUUGCCUGUGAUCCUCAUGGAUGAGACGCUUAAAUUUGUGGCCCGAAACUACCUGGAACCCGGUAAAGAGUGUGUGCAGCCUGCCACCAAAUCCUCCUGCUCGCUGUCGGCAUGCACCGAUGGCAUUUCCUGGCCGUUUGUGCUGCUCAUUAUGCCCCUGGUGGUCUGGGUCUACAGCACAGACACUAACUUUAGUGAUAUGUUCUGGUCUUGACUGACAGCGCUACAUACAGAAGAUGUUUAACUUAAUCAAUUAAUUUUUUAUUGUUUAAAGCAACUGUCUAUUUCUGCUGAAUUUUCACAUGAACAUAUUGGCUGGUGAAGGAGGUUUCAUAUUCUAGAUUUUGUUUUGCUUUUUCUGACUCCAGUGGGACAAGAUUUUCCUUUUUUUUAUACACAUAAUUAAAGUGUCCAUUGACAUGUACAGAGAACUAACACUAUUUUAUGCAGAUAUUUUUUUGUAGAUGAAAAAGCAUGUACAGUGUUCUGUUUAAUACUCAUUCUUGUACAAAGAUAGUUGAGCCAGCAGACAUUGUCAGCAAAUUAAUUGGCAGCAGACUUUAGGAAAUGAAUGUGUGUGGUUUUUAAAAGAAAAAAAAAAACUAAAUAGCAUGUAUUGUGUCUUUUGCAUGAUUCUCUGGAUUUAAUUUGAUAUCACAGUCUAAUUUUUACUCAUAAGCCAAUUUUUCUGCACUGGGCAGAGUCCUGCUACCUCAGUCAGUAUUUUUGGUUUGCCACUCCCUGCACCCUCAGCCUCUGUCACCCCCAGCCCAUCCCAGCCCGCUCGGCUUCUUCUGUAGGUCUGAUGGUUCUGUUUACAUCCGUCUUCACUAGAGGUUUGCCUGUUCUCGCUUGUGCAGAAAACAUUGCUCCAGAUUUAAAUCGACUGGGUUUCUGUCCCUUCGCCUAGUUUUUAAGGUUAUUUAUUUAAAUGUCUAAUGUAUUUUAUUGUAACAGACAUUGUUUUGCCAACAUUGCCUAUUCAGUGGCACUUCACAAUCUAGUUUAAAAGAAAAAUAAAACAUUUUAAAUGGACAGAGAAAAAUAACUGUCUUGUUCUUAAUGGCCUACCUUGAACUAUCUAUAUAAUCAGUUCAAAUUUCUCUGAGGUUCUCAGCUUAGAGCCUUAAUUUCCUGUUCUUGAGGGGAAGGAUCCUGUUCUGCUGCAUAGUUGGAUUUUGUUUAUGAUGUAUAGGCACGAUCUAUUAUGUGAUAAACGUUUAUGCAAGUUUCUGCUGGCCUGUUGUAUGUAGCCUGGUGUAAGGGCAAGUGUGUGCGUAUGUGUGUGUGUGUGUAUGUUUUGUAAAAUCUGUAAAUAGCACAUGACCAAAUGAACAUAUUGUAUAGAACUAUUUUUAUUUGAAUGUGGCACUAACCACCACCAUCAUGACUGAUGAACGUUUGCGCAUGUUCAAGGUCAGUCUUAACGGCAGUGUGAGUCAUUAACAGUCCUAACUGUGGUGUUUUCCUCCAAUGCCUUCCAACAUCCAUCAACUAACCAAUACUGGAGUAACCGCUUCCUAAACCAUUUGCAGAAAUGUAAGGGUGUUCGGGUGCGUGCAUGUGCGUUGUUAGCAACACAUCUACCAGCCCUCUGCAUGACUGAUGUUGGGGAAAAGAAAAAUAGAAACAGUUCCCAACUCACUGUGUGAUGUGGAGGAAAUGUGUAUACCAGUGGGGUUUUAGCUAUUCAAUCAGAAUAAUAGCAAAUGUACAGUUUAGUGUAAAGAAUCAGCCUCCAGAGAAGUUUGGUUUCUUUGCUGCAAGAAGAAUGAGGUUCUGAACCCUUGUCCAAGAUCAGAAGCCAUCAGCCAAGUCUCCACAUUUCUCUACAAAUGUCGUAGCCUCUAUAGCUGUAUAAUAAUUGUAAUGCAUGCCUUCAGUUGUAAGCAGCCAGAUUGCUCUGCAGUGACAUUGAAACAUGCUUUCUAAUUGGCCCUGUACAGUUUGCUUAUUUAUAAAUUCAUUUAAAACACUACAGCUGUCAAAUGGUUACAACAUAGGCCUAACUUGAGUUGUUUUGUGGGUGUGCAGCCAGCUGUUUCACACUGUAUUAAUGUAAUUUAUUUAAUGAAGUCAGAAACAGUAGACAGAUGUUGGUGCAAUACAAGUAUUGUGUGCAUUUACUGUAAUAAAGUGCUCAGCGUCAGCUCACAGCUUCUCACAGUGCAUGUUUGACUGUAGACUGGAAAUAGAGGUCAGUUUCUCUCUGUGCUGGUAACAGGUAUUGCACAGACAUGAUUUCAGGUAAAUAAAUCUAUUCUACGAUAAA